CCCCGCUCCCGCCCCCUCUUCCGAGUCUCCGUCGCCGCCGCCAGCGCCGCCACCGCCGUUGCCUGGGGUAUUUGAGGGUCGCUUAUCUGGCUGGCCCCGAGCUACCGCCGUCUCUUCAGCCGCCUGUCAGAAGCCGCCCCGGGACGAGGCUCGCCGGCCGCGGAGCCACUUGGGGCCCAGUUCUCACCUUCUUGCCGUCGCCCCGGGUCCUGGAGAAGAGGCCGCGGCCGGGGAACGGGGCGUCGUGGUUCCAACGAUUAACUGCUGAAGUACUGAUCGAGUUCUGCGUUUCUUCAAUGAGGAACUACAGGCUGAUCUUCUGCCAUAACCUCAAACAGCCAUAAAUGACAAAAGAAUGCUUGCUCAGUGAGGGUAGCUGGUGCAGACGCCAUUUUUUAAACUUAGGUGUUUAAGUACUCAAAGGAGGUCUGGAGCAACAGGGACUUUUUCAAGUCAAUGGAAAUGCUGAGACAGUGGAGUGGCUUCGGCAGAGAUAUGACAACGGAGAAGAGGUGGAUUUGGUUAAGGAAGCAGAUGUUCCCUCAGCUAUUAGUCUUCUUAGGUUUUUCCUUCAAGAACUUCCUGAACCAGUUAUCCCUGGCAGUUUGCAUAUUCACUUGAUGCAGCUUUCUCAAGAUUAUAAUAAUGAAGAUGAAUUUGGAAGAAAGUUGAGGUUCCUCUUGCAACAGCUGCCACCUGUUAAUUACAGUUUGUUAAAGUUUCUGUGUAGAUUUUUAGCCAAUGUAGCAUCACAUCAUGAAGAAAUUUGGUCCGCAAAUUCUUUGGCUGCAGUCUUUGGUCCUGAUGUCUUCCACAUUUACACAGAUGUGGAAGAUCUGAAAGAGCAAGAAAUAGUAAGCAGGAUAAUGGCUGGUCUUUUGGAAAAUUAUUAUGAGUUUUUUGAGAAUGAAGAGGAAGAUUUUUCAUCCAAUGAUUUGAGUUCAAUUACUGAACAGGCUAAUGAACUUUCCGAGGAAGAAGAGGAAGAUGAAAAGCUGGAACAUAUAGAAGAACUUCCAGAAGAGGGUGCAGAAAAAUCAAAUGACAUGCCAGAGGUGGUACAUUUAAGAAUGACUGAAAACGUUCUAGACCCAAAUGGUGUUACAGCAUCAACAAGUGCCCAUAUAUCUCCCAUCAGCAUCUUACCAGCUUCUGCAGACAUUUUAGAAAGAACAAUUAGAGCAGCUGUGGAACAACACCUUUUUGAUCUGCAGAGCAGCCUAGAUCAUGAACUUAAGAAUUUACAACAGCAAAGUCUGGUGUGUAAUAAUGAAGCAGGAAGUAUUAAUUGUGAUGGGGAAAGAUCUAAUAACCAGGUUGAUAUUGCUGAUGAUAUUAUUAAUGCCAGUGAGAGUAACAGAGACUGUUCAGAACCUGUGGCUAGCACUAAUUUAGACAAUGAAGUUAUGCAGGAAGAUUUUGUAUUUGAGGAUGAAGAAAAUAACCAGUCUGUAGAUAUACUCUUAGAGCCAUGCAAUGACCAUGGUGAUAGUGAAGAUGGCUGUCUCAAGAGGAAAGAAUAUUUGUCAUUUGACAGUGGUACAGUGUCACACUUGAUUCUGGAAUCUAGUAGCAGGAUAUGUGAUUUGAAUGCCAACACUCAACCAGAAGUGCCAGGCAGUCAAAGUGUUGGUGUUCAAGGGGAAGCAGCAUGUGUCCAAAUUCCACAUUUAGAUCUGAAGAAUGUUUCUGAUGGUGACAAAUGGGAAGCGUCAUGCCCUAUCACUUUUCCCCUCAUUGAUUUCAAAACAAUGCAUCUGCAGAGAGAUGGGGAGGAUCCAUUUCCUGCUUUUAAGUCAUGGCAGGAGGACUCUGAAUCUGGAGAAGCUCAGCUCUCUCCACAAGCUGGAAGAAUGAAUCAUCAUCCCUUGGAAGAAGACUGUCCUCCAGUAUUAUCACACCGUAGUUUAGAUUUUGGGCAAAGCCAGCGUUUCCUACAUGAUCCAGAAACGUUGGAUUCCUCAUCUAAAGCACUUUCUUUUGCUAGGAUUCGAAGAUCAUCCUUUAGUUCAAAAGAUGACAGAAGAGAAGAUAGAACACCUUAUUAUUUGGUCAAGAAACUUCAAAAAAAAAUCAGACAAUUUGAGGAACAGUUUGAAAGGGAAAGAAAUAGCAAGCCCUCCUACAGUGAUAUUGCAGCCAAUCCAAAGGUAUUAAAAUGGAUGACAGAGCUUACCAAACUACGAAAGCAAAUUAAAGAUGCAAAACAAAAAAGCUCUGAUGGAGAAUUUGUACCUCACACACGUCCACGUAGUAACACUCUUCCAAAAAGCUUUGGCUCUUCUCUAGACCAUGAAGAUGAAGAAAAUGAAGAUGAAUCCAGGGUCAUUCAGAAAGAGAAGAGGCCAUCCAAGGAAGCAACGCUUGAACUUAUUCUAAAAAGACUGAAAGAAAAACGUGUUGAGAGGUGUCUUCCAGAAGAUAUCAAAGUGACCAGGGAAGAAAGGCACAUUGUUAAACCUCUCUAUGAUAGAUACAGACUUGUAAAGCAGAUGCUGACAAGAGCUAGUAUCACUCCUGUCCUUGGCUCUCCAUCCACCAAGCGAAGGGGGCAGAUGCUACAACCAAUCAUAGAAGGAGAAACUGCACAUUUUUUUGAAGAAAUCAAGGAAGAAGAAGAAGAUGGUGUUAAUCUGUCAUCUGAGUUAAGCGAUAUCUUGAAAACUGCUGUACAGGCUCAGUCUUUUUCAAGUUCAUUGGAAAACUCAGAAUCUGAUAUUGAAGAAAAUCAAGAAAAACUGGCUCUGGAUCUCCGAUUGUCAAGUACACGAGCAGCUUCCAUGCCUGAAUUAUUGGAACAACUUUGGAAGGCUAGAGCUGAGAAAAAGAAACUACGUAAAACAUUACGAGAAUUUGAAGAAGCAUUUUAUCAACAAAAUGGAAGGAAUGCCCAGAAAGAGGAUCGUGUUCCAGUGCUUGAGGAGUACAAGGAGUACAAAAAAAUUAAAGCCAAGCUUAGGCUUCUUGAAGUUCUUAUCAGCAAACAAGAUUCUUCAAAGUCCAUAUAAAACAUCAUAAAAUCAGUUGUAUUCCCUGAAGCUUCCGUCAUAUGUUCUUGGCUGGUACUUGAUUUCAUUUUGUCAGGCACUCAGAGAAUUUCAUUUUGUACUUGGUUGUGGUGCCACUAAAGAAAUGAUGGGAGGGUAAGUAGGCCCUCUAGAGGGAUCUUAAGUGAUGUUCCAUAUUAACCACAGACUGUCCUCUCCAUCUUUAGUAAAAAUGCAGUUUCCUUCAUUGUUUUGUACUACAGAUACACCCUGUUCCCAAAAGACUAGAAUUUUAUCCUUUCAACGUCAAGAACUUUGGAAAUACAAGUUUUUUGUUAUUACCAACUUUAUUAUUAUUUUUUCAUUACUGAAGAAAAUUGAGAGGAAUAUCUUCACACCACACUGGAGUCUUCAGUUGCCUUUUGCUUACAGAAUGACUGAAAAUUUGAAAGAAAAGCUUAUGAAAGUAUACAAAUGCAACUGUGUCUAUCUUUUCCUAUAAAACCAAAAUCAGACUGAAACUUCAAGUUUUACUGUGGAACUACCUUUCUGUUCAGUUCCCAAAAUGACACUUUCUCACAGGUAGUACAUUAGCAAAGUCUCCUAAUUCAUUGGUCACACAGCUUCUGGAUGAUGAUAGCAGUAGGUAGACCAAAAAGUGACCUUGUUUAGUAUAUUGAAAAUAUACACCACACAUCACACACACAACUAAAUCAUAUCACGUGCUGCCUAUGGGACUUAAGUUACUGUUUGUUUUCUCAGUUACUGUCUAUCAACUGGUGAUGAUGUGAUUUGUCAGGAUCAGAUCUGCAUUGUUCCCCCACUUGUCUCCAGAUAAUGUGAGAAAUCAGCCUUGUCAGUAUGUAGGAAGUGUUGGUGCUCAGACAUGUAUGUUCAAUCACCUGGGCCUAAAUUGGCAAAAUAAUCGUAUGCCUAAAGUAAAUUUGUUCUUAACAAGGGCUAAAACCACUGCAUUUUUUACAUAUAUCUUCAGGGGGUUGCAUUGUUGUUUCUUUUAAUCAGCAAAAUCCAUACAAAAUACCCUCUUUGCUCAGUCACAUGCUGUUUAAAGCAGCUGGUUACAGGACGUGUAGUGAUGUGCCCUUUGAUGUAUACUUUAAGCAUAGCUCUUUUUUUGUUGGCUUUGCAUGGCUUUCUUCAGGUAUUCUAUUAAUAUCAUUCUGUUAGUUAUUUUCACAGAAUGGUGACUUUAUUUAUGCUAACAAUACAACAGUUAUUAAUAGCAGAUUCUGGUCAGGCUUAAUCGAAGUGUUAAUUUUUUUUUCCUGGUGCUUUUUUGGAUUGAUGAGUGUCUUCUUUUGACUGUGGCCAUGUUUUGCAUGCAGUGACUCAUGCACGGUUUCCUUACUAGCUGAUAUUAACAGUUUGUUCCAUACAAAAGCAGACUUUUGCAACAUCCUUUAAUAAGGUGAGGGAAGCAUGAACCUCAGAUUUCUGGCACUAUUAUAUAGAAAGCACAUGAACUAGCUUGAAAAUCAAUAGUAUUUUUAGUAUUUCACAUUUCACCUGUGUGUGCAAUGCCUUUUUUGGGGGGGAGGGAAAAUCCAGUGGUAGUGAAGUAUAGUUGGGGAAUAUAACAAGCACUAAAUCUAGCCCUUUUUGCAUGGUUUCCUUUUGAUACAGCUAGGUUAUUCAUACAUUAUACUUUGAAAAGUAAAAUUAAAAAUACCAGAAGAUGUAUCACUUUGAUUUGAAUCCAUCAUGCAGUGUACAUUUCAGUUAAUUUCUUUUAGUCUUCAGACAGGAGUGAUGUAUCCAAACAUUGAAUUUAAUGUGCACUGUAUAUUGUUUUAUAUGAAUGUGUUUUAUAUACCACAUGCAAAAAUGUCCAUAUGCACUAUUUAAAUGUUUUAAAUAAUAUAUUCCUUCUCUAUAAUGCUUAAAUCUAUAUGAGUACCAUAUUUUUAUAAGUCAGUGGCCUGACUGGUUUCAUUUUAAAAUUAACAGCUGCUUCAUGAUGUUUGUUAUUCAAUGUUAAUGUUUGGCUGUUUAAGUAGAAUAGAUAAAAGUGGCAUGGCAGCACUUAUGCUGUGUGAGAGUAUUGUAUGUCAUAGUUGAACAUAGUGGUAGAAUUAGGCAGUUUGUGUAGUUUUCCUUUCAGUACAAGUCAAAACUGUGUAUCUAUAUAAAUAAUAUAUAGAUAUAUACAUCCACCAGUGUAAUUGCAUUGCUGUGUCUGGCACUUCAUUGUAUAGACUUUUGUAAUAAAAGAACUUACUCUUUAAUGUUCUUAGUCAUUGUAAA